AUGGAGUGUCUUCGUGACGAGCUGGACGCCACAGUACUCUUUGGCUCUGGGUAUGUGUGUGUUGUCGGCCCGCCAAGCAGCGGCAAGACGACGCUCGUGCUUGAGUACCUGGUGGCCCGUGAGCGACAGGCCCUGCGCACUGGCGGUGGCGACGACGCAGCAGCCGUCUCUGUGGAGUAUGUGAGCGCUCGCAGUACGUCGCAUGGGCUUCUUCGGUACUUAACACAUCGCCUGCUUCCCAGUGCGCGACGGCGGCGCCUCAGCUACGAGUGUACCCCGCUGGAGUUUGGUGCAUCGCUUGUCGAGUGGGUAGAGGCUCACCCAGAACAGUCGGAGCUGCACCUUGUCGUUGACGACGCCGACAUGUUGGAGUGCAGUCUGGAAGAGAUGAAUUUGUGGCUCUCGCACUACUUGAGCAUGCCUGUCAAGCAGAGAUGCACCGUUAUUUUGUGGACGAUAUCGGAACUACCGUUGCGUCUGUCCAACUGCUUCCGAUACCACUUCAUUGCUCACCCGGAGCCGCAAAGCAUCGUGCAGUGGCUGCGGCGUCAGUUUGAAAAAGACCAGAGGCUCUUGUCUGAUCCUGAAUCGGAAGAGGAAGACUCGGAACUUGUGGCUGACGCCUCUUUGACGAUCACACUGAACGCCGAGGAAGUGAAUCGUGUCGUCUUGGAUGCGUUUGCCUACUACGCCACGCACCAACCGAUGUGUUCUUCCGUUGUGAGCCGCGACGUUCGUCUGCUCAUUCAACGCGUGUAUCAGAUCCUCCCCCCGCUGUUGCUGGAAGUGGUUGCCGCCCCAUCCGCAGUGCCGAGGAAAGCUGGAGAGGCGGCGGCAUCUGUGUCCACCGCCACGAACGCAGCAAAGAAGCUGAAUGCACGUCAUUUCGCCGCAGCCUGGGGCCAGUACCGGAUCGAUAGUGGUGGUGGCACUUCGUCAGCGAUGGCUGGAUCUAGCGCCGUGGGCGGUGGUGAUGGCGCCGCGGCGUCUGUGCAGAACCCACUCGUGAUGGCUCUCAAGCGCCUGGGCUACUCAGCAGUGCUCCUCGCCUUUGCCGCCUUCUACGGUGGGGCGGUGCCGAAGCGCAAGCAGCAUCAGGUGUUUGGUCGCAUGGGGAAUGGUGAGAGCAAGGCGCCGAUGUCUGAGGCGAAUGGCCAAUCGCACAAGGCCGCCAUUCUCUCCGCCUCUGCCCACAUCCUGACGGUGCGCCGGCUUGGUUUUUUAUACGAUGCGAUGCUGCAAAUGUGUACGCCGCACAUUGACCCGCUCGAGUUUUCAACAGCAGACGUGGCGCUGCAACACGUGCAGGGCUUCCUCGCUUGGGGUUUACUCACCCCUGUCGUUUCGCAGCGGCAUCGCUCUUACCACUGCUGGAUUCCAGUAAGUACUGCCCAGCAACUGGCUCGUGAACUAUCCCUGAGCUUAUUUGACCUAAUUCCCGCUUGA